AUGGAGAUCUCCCCAAACGUAUUGACCUACAAAGGUUCUUUCACUCAGCCCGCCACGGAGUACUUGCAUUUGAAAAACAACUCAUCUGAGCCCUUGGCAUUCAAGGUCAAGACCACUGCACCAAAAUUGUACUGCGUCAGACCAAAUGCUAGCGUCGUAAAGCCUGGUGACUCAAUAAAGAUCCUGCUUAUUUUGCAGGGUUUCACUCAGCCAUUGCCUAAGGAUUACAAAUGCAAAGACAAGUUUUUGAUAGUUUCUUUGCCAUGCCCUGAGUUGGAGGACGACUCUAAGGUCGGCGAGAAUUGGGCACAGUUGGAGGCCAAGCACAAAGACCAAUUGCUACAGAAAAAGUUGAAGGUCAACUUCAUCAUCGACGAUGAGGGAGACGAGACCCGCAUUGACGAUAUUUCCUUUGCUAACGCUACCCAAUCGGCCCCAAUUAGUGCCAUCAGCGAUGCUGAUGUCAGCAAGAACAUUGGCUCUGCUGACUCUAACGUAUCUGGCGUCACUGAAGAGGCCACCCUCGAAUCUUCUGAGCUGCAAAAGGAGUUGCUUGAAUCUGCUACCAAGAUCAAUGCCUUGUCUGAGAAAUUGGACUCUAAUGAGAAGAGCUUCGAGAAGAUCGAUGCUGUUACCGCCGCCCCUGCCGAAACUGUGAACGGUGUCUCAUUCCCACUUGCCGUUUUGUUGGUUGUUCUUGCCUUGUUGUUGGGUUACUACCUUUUCUAA